AUGUCUGACGACGAACUACUCGUAUAUAUAAUCCCUGAAUUCGGAAGUUCCGAUUUCUCGUCGUCGUCGUCGUCUUCUGGCAGCUUCGAGUUUUUAGCUUCUGCUGCUCUUGCAGCCUUAGAAGAAGACACUGCAUCUUCUUCUUCUGCACACUCACGAAGAUUUAUUUGGAGAGAUCAGCACUCAGCUCAUGAAAGAUUGAUGUCCAUGUACUUUGUGGAUGAGCCGAUUUUGAGGACGAUGUCUUCCGUACGAGAUAUCGUAUGUCGAAGAGCGAAUGCGGCGGGUAUUAGAGGGUUCUCGGCAAUUCAAAGUGCACGUGCGCGCUACGUAGCGUACUGCAACCUCGCCGACAACUAUAAUGAGGGGUUGUUGUUCUCUACUAGAACUGCACGUGAGUGUCUAGACAACUUUUGCAUCGCCAUAAAGCAUCUUUAUGGUGAAGAGUAUUUGCGUUCUCCGACUAGGCACGAUGUUGCGCGUUUAUAUGAGGCGCAUGAAGCUAGACAUCAUUUUCCUAGCAUGAUCGGUAGCAUCGACUGUGUUGCAGGGUCAAACAACGACAUCAAUGUUUUGAAGCAAUCGCCAUUCUUUAUUCCCGAAGUGAAUGAGAAGUCUCCUGAGUACGGGUUUACAGUAAAUGGUCACCGUUACAACAGAGGAUACUAUCUAGGGGAUGGUAUUUACCCACCUUGGUCUUGUUUUGUGAAGGCGUAUGCAUACCCGGUCGCUCGUAAGGAGAAGAUAAUGAAGAAACUCUAA